UUUCCAGAAACAUUUUAAGGGGGAAAAAACCUACUUUAUUCAUUUAUGCUUCUUCCAGCAAUGUAUGAAAAAGUGCAUUUUCCCAGUUCUGGGAGAAACUAGGGGUCUGGAGCCAAAGUUAAGGCUUGAAUAAACCUAGAAAAAUUAAAGACAGAUAAUCUAGUCUCUAAUCUGGGAGAACUCUAGUAGGUUUGUAACACUGAUCAGUGUUACCUAAGUGUUUAAUCAGCUGUUAACUCUUUUACCUUCUUCUAGGUAUAACCUUCUUCACUCCACCAUAACCCCUUUCACAGUCAUCUCACAUAAUUUCACAUCAUAUCACCUUUUCCUCUUCCUGGCAUUUCCUUUGCAUUCCACCCCCAACCCCCACCUCAUUUAAUUUCCUCAAAUUUUCUGUCUGGAGAAAUCUCAUUUGUUCCUAAAAAUCAAGUUCAGAUCUUUAUUACCUUUUCUGAGAAGUUUUUCUUCAUGCCAAUGGUAAGAAGAUUAUUCUAACCUUUGUGCCUCAUAUUAUUUAUUCCUAUAUUAUCAUUAUCAGACUUUGAGCUGAACAGGACAUUAUGUCAAAUGUUUUUGAAAAAGAAUAAAAUACCCCUGUCUUCAGAGAAUGAAAGGGAACACUUAAGACAGAAGAAAAACAGAUACAAAAGCAGACAUUACAGUACUGGAUGAACGAAUACACCUCAUCCAUUGGAAUUGGAGUUUUUCAUUCAGGAAUUGAAGUAUAUGGCAGAGAAUUUGCUUAUGGUGGCCAUCCUUACCCCUUUUCUGGAAUAUUUGAAAUUUCCCCAGGAAAUGCUUCUGAACUAGGAGAAACAUUUAAAUUUAAAGAAGCUGUUGUUUUAGGGAGCACUGACUUCCUAGAAGAUGAUAUAGAAAAAAUUGUAGAAGAACUGGGAAAAGAAUACAAAGGCAAUGCCUAUCAUUUGAUGCAUAAAAACUGCAAUCACUUUUCUUCGGCUUUAUCAGAGAUACUUUGUGGGAAAGAGAUUCCUCGCUGGAUCAAUAGACUUGCCUACUUCAGCUCCUGUAUACCCUUUCUACAGAGUUGCCUCCCAAAGGAGUGGCUCACUCCCGCAGCCCUGCAGUCCAGCGUCAGCCAAGAGCUCCAGGACGAACUGGAGGAAGCGGAGGACGCUGCCGCAUCCGCGUCCACGGCCAGCACCGCAGCCGGCUCCAGGCCCGGGCGCCACACUAAACUAUAGAUGUGUCCAAAGUCCCACAUUCAGAACUGUCUCUGGCAGCUGAAUGCCACUAGAGAAAAGUAAAAGAGUAAGCGUCCUUUGGAUAUUUUGUAUGCAAAGAUGGCUCUCCUCCAAAUCCCAGUUUUUCAGCUCAGGAUUAUAUUUGUAAUCAAAACAAAUCACUUGGCGCAGGAGGGAGAACUUUGUAUGAAGCUGCCCUCUGUUUUUUUUACCCACUUGUAAAUUGGGGUUUACUUCUUCUGUUUUAUACAAGCUCUGUUAAGUUAUGUUUACAGUAUUUUGUAUCGCUGUUUACAAAUCUUGCAUGGACUCCUGCCACCAUGAAAGAAGAAAAUCUUCAUGUCUUCAAAAAUUAGGCAGGUAAUCUUUGUACACUUCUGAUAAUUGCCUGAACUACGGCAUAAAUAAUAGGCACAAAGGAAGGUUCUUACACAGUCAGUCACCAUCACCUGCUUAAGAAUCGUCUUUUAGGUUUGUGGUUUGUUUCUGUGAACGUUUUGUUUUGGCGCUAGGAUGCAGGGAGGUGAAGGGGCACGCACAGCCCUGAGGGCUUGUGACCUUGAUCUGCGCGAGAGGUGCCCAAGCCUGGGCCGAGUUCCUCUCAGCGCCCCCGCCCAGAGCACCACAUCUCCUGAGGUUCCCAUCAGACAGUGGCUUACAUCCCCAGAUACCCGUCCGCCUGGGCGGGGUGGUACACUCCUGUGUCAGUCUGGCUUUGAUGCCUCCGACUCUGUAAGUAAGAUGUUUUUCGUUAAAGAUAUUCUUGCUAGUAACUGAUGGGUGUUUUUGCACAUGUGUUGAGGGGCUUUUUAAUUUAAUACGUGUUGAUACCUUCCCUACAGAGGAUUUUGCUGAUGGGGUAGGAAUAUCCUAGGUAGCAACCUUCUGAGUAGCAGUGUGAGUUCAUUCAGCUGCUUUUAACUAUUCAAGCUACCUUUUAUACUUAGACCUUGAAAGCUGGAGUCUAAAGUAACACUCUCCAAAAACUUAAUCCUUUGCUAUUUUAAAGAUUUUACAUACCACAUCAGAAAGUUGGUUUGCUUUGGGAGUAGUUGCCCCUCGUAACAGAAAAUCUAGUCUCAUUGACUCCUUGUUGAAAAAUCAUAUUUGUGUGUCUUAAAAUUCAUCUUUUUCUGUUCCCUCAAAUGUAUGUCUCUUACAUAACAUACUCUAAGAAUGAAAUUGUCACCACAGAUAAGUCCUCGUUAGCAAGGAAUCUCUCUGCUCAAGUCUACUCCCAGUUUGACCCUUGGAGGUAAGAGCCAAGUCAUUACAUGUCAAACUCAAUUUAUCUGCCUUAAGAAUGAAUGUCCUACAUAAAAUAUUGGAUGCAGUGUAUAAAUUAUCCAAGGCAGUGACUUCAGCUUUAUAUAUAUUGUUAGUUUUAAAGUCAUCUACUUUUAUUUAAACUUCUAGAUUGGACUAUUUGCUAUUGCUGUUUGUAAAGAUACAUAUCUUUCAGUAAACUACAUUUUUAACUUUUCCAUAAGCUACUUUUGAUUCAUUUUAUCAACUUAAGCACACCCUGUUCAUGGGGAAAAUAAACCUUGGGUUCAACCUGAGGGAAAUGAAGCCACUUUACCUAAUUUAUGCUUUUGACUGUUCUGUUUCUGGAAAGGAAAGCCUUUAGAAAUUAUUCUCAAUUUUUUAGGGGGGCAGAGCACUUGUUUUAAGAGAUGUGACAGAAAGGAAUAUAUGAUCUUUAUGGCAAGUUGACUCAGUUCAAGUCUAGCAAUGAGAUUUAGAAUAACGUGCUGAGACUCCAGCAGUGAAUUUGUUCACUCAAAGAAGAGUCCUGUUACCGUAACCCAGGUUAGUGGAAAAUGUCUAGCGCAGUUUGCUUGGGAUUUUUAAAAAUAAUGUGGUGGAUUCCAGCUUUUUCUAAUCCACUUGAUUAUACCUGAUUUUAAAUCUGUGCUACUGACACACAUGAAGGAGUGGUCAUUUUUUUAGCAUUUCUUGGUGAAGAGCCAGGGACGUUCCACCUGUGCUUCUCCAGAAUCCAGCACCUCAGCACACAGAUGAUUUUAUUGUUAUUUUGUUGUAUUUACCCUCACCUGCAGCAUUUGGAGUUCAAAAAGAGUGUUACGGGAACUAGUAAAAAUAAAUAGUGGCCCAAUAGUGUACAAUCAGCAGAUGAAGUUCUGGACAUGAGACUGUUUGCAGUCUCGUACUUGAGGGUGAGGAAUAAAAAGAAUGUUUUUACUUUAGAAAAUCUCAUUUAAGUCAGUUCCUUCACUGCAGUUUAAAAUAAAGAACGAAUUUAAUUAACUAGAACUUAGCCAGCUUUCCCUUGCCCUUGAAGGAAGAGAAUCUUGUUCUUGACCUGAUCUCUAGUAAGAAAAAUCCUAUAUCAGAAAUCCGGUCAUCAAGACACCCGUGAUGUGAUGGUGUCAGGGUUGCUCUUUGUAGUUUUAACCAAGUGAAACAUUUCUCACGGUAAGUUGGACAGUAAUACAGUGUUAAGAGGGUCAGAAGCUGCUGGUUUCUACUGUUUGUUUUCGGUGCUCUUGGGUUCUUUUUUUCCGAAGCCUAGGAAGGGAGCAUAAGCUUUGGAAAGUGUGGCUUAUGGAAUUGCAGAGGGUAGUGCUGCAGCAGUAAAGACAGCCUCCACUUGAUGCCAGAAAUCCAGCCAACUAUUGCUCUGACCCACAGCAAUAGCGCACGUUACCUUCACCAGCAUUUGUACAGAGCAGGGAGUUCUGGUUUUAGCCCACUGAUAGCAUUGCGUGUGUGGCCGAGGAGAUACAGCUCUACAGACAGCUGCAGGACUCUAUAUCCAUGGCUGCUUUCCAUCACAAAACGGGUAGAAACACAUCCACUGCUUCAGGGUUCUAAUCUGUGUGUCUUCUUACGGCUCCAUUUCUACAAGGUACUCUGUAAUUUUGAUACACGCUGUAUUUUCUUUCAGUGACUACGUUUUAAAGGCUUGGGUUUUAUUCAGCAAGCUGGCCAUACUGCCACUGUAUCCCCUUCCCUUUCAGAUGGUUUUCGAGUGCAGCUCAAUCGUUAGACUUUCAUUGUCUGCUCAGUCGAUACACAUCUUCACUGUUUGAAAGGUGUUAACAGCUGUUAAAGAAUCUUCAUGAACCUGAGGAUAAUUUCUUGUGAAGUUUAAUGCAAAUGUACUGUCAUUCAUAGUGUUUAUAUAAAAAAUACCAGGAAUCUUCACUUUUGCUACCUUGAUAUAGCAUUGGGCUAUCAUGUUAACAACAUUGAAAUGCAUCAAUUUAUUAAAAAAAUACUUUUAUAAAAAA